AAGAAAGAAGUCCUAAUCAUCAAUCAUCAUCGAUCAAAUUAUAUCAACCACCUGCCAUUGCCUUGCCUGUGCUGCCUCCCUUGCCCUGAUUCAUUUGCCAAUCCCCGCCGUCGCCACAGCCAGUGUUAGGGUUUUGGGAUUGGGAUCUAUGGCUUCUCCCUCCGGUGGCGAAUCGGGUUCGGGGGCCGUCCCUGUUUGCAUCAACGAGAUCCUGACCGACGACGAGCUGAGGUCGAUCCUCUCGAAGCUCGACACCGAGAAGGACAGGGAGCUCUUCGGCUUCGUCUGCAAGAGGUGGCUCCACUUGCAGAGCUCGGAGCGGAGGAAGCUCGCAGUCCGGGCGGGCACCCACAUGCUCAUCAAGCUGGCCACAAGGUUCUUCCGCGUGUCUGAGCUUGACCUCUCGCAGUCGGUGUCGAGGUCGUUCUAUCCCGGCGUCACGGACAAGGAUCUCUACGUGAUCGCCAGUAACUUCCGGGGACUGAAGGUGCUGCAUCUGCAGAACUGUAAAGGUAUAAGUGAUGUCGGAAUGAUAGAGCUUGGAGGUGGUCUCUCUUCUUUACAGUCCUUGGAUGUGUCUUAUUGCAGAAAAGUCACAGACAGAGGACUAGAAGCAGUUGCUAAAGGUUGUCAUGAUUUGCGAAGACUUCAGCUUGCAGGUUGCAGACUUAUCACGGACUUGGCUUUGCAAUCUCUUUCCGAGAACUGUCAGAGAUUAGAAGAGUUAGGCCUUCAAGGAUGUACUAGUAUUACUGAUUUUGGAAUCACUCAACUUGUCAAGUGCUGUAAAAAAAUCAAGCUCCUGGACAUCAGCAAGUGCAGCAAUGUUGGUGAUGAAGGGGUUUCUAAUGUUGCUAAGUCCUGUUCAUUAAAUCUAAAGACACUGAAGCUGUUGGAUUGCUACGAAGUCAAAGAUGAGUCUAUAAUCUCUUUAGCCACAUAUUGCAAGAAUUUGGAGACGCUAGUCAUCAGCGGAUGCAAGGAUAUCUCUGAUGAGGCUAUGAAAUCUUUAGCCUCUGCCUGUGGGAGCAGCCUCAGGAAACUGAGGAUGGACUGGUGCUUGAGCAUAUCUGACUGUGCGCUGAGCUGUAUUCUCACCCAAUGCAGAUCCUUGGAAGCUCUUGAUAUUGGGUGCUGCGAGGGGGUGACAGAUGCAGCGUUUAAUGGUCUAGAAAGUGGUGGGGUUGAAUUGGGUUUGAAGGUUCUGAAAGUUAGUAAUUGCCACGGGAUAACUGUGACAGGGAUUCGUGUUCUCUUGGACAAAUGCAGAUCCCUAGAGUACCUUGAUGUGAGGUCAUGCCCGAGAAUUACUAAGGCUGUCUGUGAUGAGGCUGGGCUUCAGUUUCCAGAACGUUGUAAAGUUAAUUUCGAUGGUAGCCUAAGCGAGUCCAAUGUGUAUGCAAUUUAAGACUGUGUAACCAUUUCCAGUCUGGCGUCGCUCGUCAUGUAUAAAGGGGAAAGACGUAACUAUUUAAUAUGCCUUGCUUGGGCAGUUCAGUUGCCGUGGAAGCUCCAUAUACGAGGAAUGUCACAUUAGUGACCAUUUCAGGAGUUGGGAGGGGUAUCUCUUCCCUCUUGGUAUUGUGCCUCCUAAGGGGUUGAUGUUGGUGUUCAGCCAGUUUGUUUCAUAUCUCCCAAGUACAAAGGUUUCAUGUCUAUAUGUGUACAUUGUUUAAUGGAUGAUGUAUUUGGCCUAUGAUCGUCAUGGGAAGAGAUUUCUUUGGUUUGUCUAGUUAUUCUUCCAUGCCCUGCUUCAGUUUGCACUGCUUUGGAUCUUAUGUUUCUGCACAUCAACUGCACAAGCUUCACUUGUUUCACAACCCCUGAAAUCGGGCUUCAUGACUGAAAGGGGAAAGGGAUUGGAUCAUCGAUAAAGAAGAAAAAGAACGCUUCUAGUGGAACAUUAUAGGCCCCCUCGUGAUCUGCGAGUAUUGCCAGAGUGUUGCAGAAGCAAAACCAGAUGAUAUGUUGGUUCAUCUGUCGAUUACCAGACUUUGGUUUUGGACAAUUUAUUGAAAGACGAGUGGACUAA